AGAAACUCCGGUCCAAGACCUUAACACCAGGGACUCCCCUUGCUUGGCAGACCAAGCUAUGUUUGCAUUCCACCAAACUAACAUAACAGCAUAAUCAUACUUUGUUCAAUGGUAACCUUUCAGACCGCUGUGUCAAAGCGCACGAGUACAACAAAGCGCAGAGACAGAAGGAGCCAGCCAUACGACACCUCAUGGCUGUCCGGAGACGAGUCAGAACAGGACGACGAAGAAGAUUACAGGAGCUCCAGCCGGGGCAGGCCGCGCCAAGACAAGCGCGCCUCACAUCAUGAUAGGUCUUCACGGAUCGCGUCCUCCACUCCAACCACUCCUCACAUCCCCGCUCCCCCGUCCAGAAAGGAGAAGAGACGGCUGUGUCCUACUCCCAUCGUGCUGACACUCCGCCGUGUCGCACCGCCUCCUCAAUACAAAGCCGAGGAGGCAGCUGGAGCAACUAAAGAGUACAUAGUCGUAAAAAGGAGCGAAUCAACCAAUUCAAACGUCUGCCAUGACGAUGCAGGUAGCAUAAAGCGCCCUUGCUCUACCUUGGAGGACUCGGAAGAGUCCCGUCGUCAAGAUGGCAAAGGCAGCAAACGUCGGAUUUCGUACCAAGAGUACAUUAACAGAUGCAGGAGUGGUGACAGAAGAAACGUGACCGCCGGUGCAGCUACAGUGCAUGACGGCACCAAAGUCAAAGUCUCGGAUGAGACGGAGAAGAGUCCAACUUCCGAUCGCGAUCGCCGAGUGAUCAAAGCACGGCGGCGGAUGAGCCAGCACGAGCUAGCGGAAGUCUCGUCACAAAUACGCGCCCGUAAAGAGGCACUGUGCCCUCUGGCAGCAGAGAAGAAGACGACCGCCCCCAUAAGCCGCCCUACCUCGUCCGGCUCAGCUGAUGUGAGUGCCGCUGCACCAACCCAGGAAGAAACACCUGCAGUCAGUACAGACGGCGAUACCGCAGGCGUACGUCAUGGACGGCGUGACGUCAUCAAGCACAAGCCGACGUCAUCGAGAUCAAACAUUGGGAAGACGCUCAUCGAGUUCAUCAAAAGAGAGGAGGAGAAGAUCAGAAGAGACCAAAAGCUCCGGGAGCUCUUCCGCAAAAAGGCGGCGGCGCUGGCGGCGAAGAUUGGAGGUAGAGGAGCCAGCCGCAGCAGCGGGCCUCCAGCGGCAGCGGAGUUACAGGAGAAGUUGGUCAGAUCGGACUCCCCAAAACGUCGGGACGGACGUCUCCGGCACAGCCUGGGUCAGUCACAGAUUCCUCCUAGCGACCAGGAGACGGAUAUCAGACCACCGGCCCAGCAGUACCCUGUCCAACAGCUCAUCCAACCAAGUAACAUUUCACAGAUGUCACAGAGCGGUGGGAAUGCACAACGUCUCCUAGCGGCGACGGCUGUCGCUGCACCACUCCAAAACGUGCCACAUGGUGUCCGGACGGACAACCCGAGAGACAACAGGCUCCGUGACAUCGUGCCUGAUGGUGUCCGUACGGACAACCCGAGAGACAACAGGCUCCGUGACAUCGUGCCUGAUGGUGUCCGUACGGACAACCCGAGAGACAACAGGCUCCGUGACAUCGUACCUGAUGGUGUCCGGACGGACAACCCGAGAGACAACAGGCUCCGUGACAUCGUACCUGAUGGUGUCCGGACGAACAGCCAGGCAGGACACAGCAGCGCCCACAGAUACAUGACGUCAUCUCGUCCUGACCAGUUCCCUCCAAGUGACGUCAGACAGGUGAGUUCUAUCCCGGAGUCCUCAUUCAUGUGUUGAUCUGGAUUUUUUCCUUUAUCCUUUCUCUUUGGUGCUUUUUAAUGUUCCAUCGGAGUGGUGGCA